GGUGCGCGCGCUUCCUCGCGCACGCGCGCACGGAUGGGGCGACGACUGCGGUGACGCUGCUGCGGCGGGCGGGCGGCAGCGCGUGUGGCGCGCAAUUUCCCCGUGUCUUGGGAGCAGUGCCUGGGCUCCCGCUGCCCACGCCGCCGCCAUGUCGGGCCGGUCCGUCCGGGCCGAGACCCGCAGCCGGGCCAAGGACGACAUCAAGAAGGUGAUGGCGGCCAUCGAGAAAGUGCGGAAAUGGGAGAAAAAGUGGGUGACUGUGGGUGACACAUCCCUUAGGAUAUUUAAGUGGGUUCCUGUGACAGACAGCAAGGAGGUAAGGGUGGAAGAAAAUCAAAACGACAAAAAGAAAGAAAAGUCAAAGUCGAACAGUUCAGCAGCCCGGGAACCUAAUGGCUUUCCCUCUGAUGCUUCAGCCAAUUCCUCUCUCCUUCUUGAAUUCCAGGAUGAAAACAGCAACCAGAGCUCUGUGUCUGAUGUCUAUCAACUCAAGGUGGACAGCAGCACCAACUCGAGCCCCAGCCCCCAGCAGAGCGAGUCCCUGAGCCCAGCACACACCUCUGACUUCCGCACAGAUGACUCCCAGCCUCCUACUCUGGGCCAGGAGAUCCUUGAGGAGCCCUCUCUGCCUGCCUCGGAAGUUGCUGAUGAACCUCCCACCCUCACAAAGGAAGAACCAGUUCCACUAGAGACACAGAUUGCCGAGGAAGAGGAAGACUCAGGUGCACCACCCCUGAAACGCUUCUGUGUGGACCAAGCCACAGUGCCGCAGACAGCAUCAGAGAGCUAGCAGCAUCCUCACACCCUUUGCCUCCUGGCCCCCUGCCUCUAUUUAUUGCAUUCUGGUUCUGGCCAUACUGUGUUGCUGGGGUAAGGGCAAGCACUGGGGUCCAGAGCCCGCACAUAGGAGCCUUCUGGGUUGGAAGGCUGACAUAGGACUUGGAGUUGCAGCAUCAUCUUCCUGUCCCUGGCACCUGUGUUUGCUUGCUCCUGGGAAGAGAAGUGCUCAUGUCCUUUUCACGUCCCAAUUAGGCUGGAGCAUCGGCUAUCCCAGGGUUCAUCUGUCACCUCCAGGUAGCAGUCUCUGCUCCAGAACCUCUGGACUGAGCUGCUGGCGCUUCUACAAGAGGAAAGAGAUGUGGAAGGCACCCUCUCGAGAAGAGAGUGCCUUGAUUACUUGAACUUGAAUGGAGACUAUAGCUUCAUGGACUUGCCCACAGGACUAGGGGCCCUGUAGGCUGAUGUUGGAGAAUGCCGGGGUAGAGACUGGAGGGAAGGGAAGGGUUUUUCUCCACCGAAGGGCAGGAAAGUCCAUACAGAUUUCUUACUGUCCUGGCACUUCUGCCCAUUCCUGAGGCUCUCCUGCCUCUCAUGGGCUCUCUAACUGCUGACAGUCCUUUGUCCUGACCAUAACCACCCCCUGCCUCAAUACGCACACAUGCAGCUUUCCUUGUUUUCACCUGUACAUUUCAUUCCAGCAACCCCUGCUUCCUGCCACAGACUCUGCCCCAGCAAGAAUUUGAGGUUCUGACAAAAGUACCCAUCCCCCACAAUGCUCCUUCAGCUCAGCCUUUCUAGAAAGUUCCCUUUGAAAUCUGCAUGUUUAAUUGAACUUUGUGAUUUUAUUUUUUGUUUCAAAAAAAGUUUAAGAAAAUGGAAAUGGGCAGCAGUGAGUGAAGACAUAUUUUAGCACUGAAUAGAGUAUUUUUAAAAUUAAAGUAUUUGAAAUAUG